CGUGGCGCAUGCGCGAACGGAUCGCGCCGCUCCAACCAGGAAGUUGCUUGGGCUAACUUUAUUACAUUUAUGUAACUUUUUCUUUUAUAUCAACCCGGCGAAUAAAGGGAUUUACAUUGAGACGCCAUUGCUCAGGUUUGGUUGCCAGACGCUGCGGGUCUCCAAAAUGCCCCUGUUUCGGGCAGCUGGUAACCAUGCUGCGAAGCCCCGGCCCAAGUGCGAGAAAAAGGGGCGCAGUCGGGUGACGGACGAGGACGUGCCGUCGCUGACUCGGCUUUGUUUGCUGAGCCUGGCCGACAACAUGAAGGAGGUGUGGGCGGAAGAUUACGCCAGUAACUAUUUGGAUCACUAUUCCUUCAGCUACAUCAUGGGGCCUUUCAAUUUCCUGUCCGGGAAUCUAGUCGAGGAGCUGCUAGAGCUUCUGUGCACAAGAAAGCAGCUUUCUCGCGCUGCUCUCCAUCUUCUGCUGCUGCCCCAGCUGAGAAACUUAUCCCUGGAUAGAUAUCCUAGUCUGGUCACCUCCUCCCUGUGUACCCACAUCGCUGCACGUUGCCAGGCCCUGCACAGUCUGAGCCUCUCUGGAGCUCAGUAUCUGCGGUCGAAGGCGCUCUGCGACACCCUGACCCAUCUACCCGCCCUCCGCUCACUUUCUCUGGCGGGCACGCCAUGUGACGCUGACGUCAUCAGGACCGCCGCCCUCUGCUGCCCCCUGCUGCGCUAUUUAGACGUAUCCCGAUGUCGUUUCCUUCCCCCGACUGCUCUGCUUCUUCUUGCGGGGUUCCGUCCUCUAUCGUACUCGGCGUCUAGCACCACAUCCGGCUCCCCCCUGCCUCUCUGUAGUUUGCUGGCGCUUGACAUCGCAUUGGGGGACGCCCAGGCGGUGGCGGCCUACCUCGUCCUGGCGCUGCCCCGCCUGCAAAGAGUGGCGCUGGAGGGCCUCUCGCAGGCGUGCUCGCUGAUCCAUGAGCGAUCCUUUGCAGAAGCGGAUGAAUUCAGCGCCAGAGAAGGACUACCCAGGUUGGAGGAGGUGUGGCGGAAGAAGAUGAGCGGGGACGCUAUAGAAGACGGUUGGAUGUUGUUGGAUGCGAGUGAGAGUGAGGGCGAGGGCGAGGCGGUUACUUCCUCCUACAGUCCAGCGAGCGACAAACACCCAACCCUGCACCUAAGCGACGUUCAAGUGGUCACAUGUGACUCUCUGGUGAUUUUGGGCCGCUUAUGCCCCAACAUCACUUCCUUAUCGGUGAACAUGGAAGAGGAAACUGGAGGAAGACCGCAAGCGUCCGUCUUCGCCACAGGCCUGCGGUCCUGGUCCGGUCAGCUGCGGCGCCUGUCGGUACAACACCAAGGCCCUCUGCUGGAUCUCCUCCCCGCCUUGCGAGUGGCUGGAUCCACCCUGGUGUCGCUCACCUUGGAAGGAGUGCAGACGAGCCCUCGUUGCCCUCUACUGGAGAUGAUCCGCGUCUGUCCCAGACUUGAAGAGCUGCUGGUCUGCGCCGAGCCCCCCGACUACGCGCUGGAGGAUGAAGAGGAUGUAGUGGAGCUGGACCAGCGGGACCUUCCAAGUCUCCACAGCCUUCACUCUCUGUCCCUGAGUUUCUCAAUUGAGCUCAACCGCACGAAGCCUAUCAUGUACUGGACGUCCCUGGCGACAGUGAUCAGGUGUCUCCUGGCUGCUGCCCCUUUACUGGAGAAGCUCUCCUUGGUCUCUUUGCCGUGCCCCCUGAACCACACGCUUCAACUUGUCCUGGGCUUGUCGCCUUCUGCUCCCGAAGCGCUCGGGAGGCUCCAGCGACUUAACCUGCAGAGGACUGAUGUGGAGAUGGCGACGGUGACAAAUAUUAUCCAGAGGAACAAGAGACUGAAGUACGUCGAUGUGAGUCACUGCUGGGAAAUCAGUCUCCAGGAGUGGUUGUACUGCAAGAAGCUGAGUACAGUUCAAAUUGUCAGGGUGGGUGCCUUGAUCUAAUAUCAGUGCAAUAUCUGCAUUUUUUUUUUUUUUUUUAACAAAAGGAAAACAUGCUAGGCAUUAGCAGCUAAGCACACAAUAGCACUCAAGCUUGGCAUAUGUACUGUAACAAGUGUCCUUAAUUAAGCAAAAUUGCAAUCUAAAACAGCACAUUUGGCAAUUUAAACAAGUAUCAAAUAAUUAUACUUACAUAUUUCUUACACAUACAAAGCCUCCAAGGUAGAAGUGUAUUAGAAAGUGUCCAGUAACAAACGUGUCCGCAUAAUUCAACUAACUGCGUCCUGAGCUUCAUUUAGUACAAAAGCAGUGAAGUUGGCACGUUGUGUAUUUCGUAAAUAAAAUAGAAUACAAUGAUUUGCACCAGCGACCCCAAAGGGAAUAAGCGCUAGAAAAUGGAUGGAUGUAUGGAUUUGCAAAUCCUUUUCAAUUUAUAUUCCAUUGACUAGACUGCAAAGACAAGAUAUUUAAUAUUCCAACUGAGAAACUUGUUUUUUUUGUGCAAAUAAUCAUUAACUUAGAAUUUAAUGGCAGCAACACAUUGCAAAAAAGUUGGCCCAUGGGCAUUUUUACCACUGUGUUACAUGGCCUUUCCUUUUAACAACACUCCGCAAACGUUUGGGAACUGAGGAGACCAAUUUUUGAAGCUUCUCAGGUGGAAUUUUUUUCCAUUCUAGCUUGAUGUACAGCUUAGGUUGUUCAACAGUCUUUGUUGUGGUAUUUUAGGCUUCAUAAUGCGCCACACAUUGUCAAUAGGAGACAGGUCUGGACUACAAGCAGGCCAGUCUAGUACCCGCACUCUUUUACUAUGAAGCCACGCUGUUUUGAAACACAUGGCUUGGCAUUGUCUUGCUAUAAUAAGCAGGGGCGUCCAUGAUACAUCUGGACAUAUGUUGCUCCAAAGCCUGUGUGUACCUUUCAGCAUUAAUGGUGCCUUCACAGAUAUGUAAGUUACCCAUGCCUUGGGCACUAAUACACCCCCAUACCAUCACAGAUGCUUGCUGGCUUUUGAUCUUUGCGCCUAAACAGUCUGCAUGGUUCUUUUCCUCUUUGGUCCGGAAGACACAACGUCCACAGUUUCAAAAAACAAUCUGAAAUGUGGACUCGUCAGACCACAGAGCACUUUUCCACUUCGCAUUAGUCCAUCUUAGAUGAGCUUGGGCCCAGCGAAGUCGGCAAAUCUUCUGGGUGUUGUUGAUAAAUGACUUUCGCUUUGCAUAGUAGAGUUUUAACUUGCACUUACAGAUGUAGCGACCAACUGUAGUUACUGACAGUGGUUUUCUGAAGUGUUCCUGCGCCCAAUGUGGUGAUAUCCUUUACACGCUGAUGUCGGUUUUUGAUGCAGUACCGCCUAAGGCAGGGGUAGGGAACCAAUGGCUCUAGAGCCGGAUGUGGCUCUUUUGAUAACUGCUUCUGGCUCUCAGAUAAAUCUUAGCUGACAUUACUUAACACGAUAAGAAAUGAAUAAUUCCGCUGGUAAUCACAGUGUUAAAAAUAACUUUCAAAAUAUAAAACAUUCUCAUGCAUUUUAAUCCAUCCAUCCGUUUUUCUGCCGCACCUGUUCACCAAGUAUUUUAUUAAUAAUUGGUUUGCUUGAAAAUAACAAUGUUAUUAAAAGAUGCGAGACUUAAUAUACUCUAAAAAUGUUGGUCUUACUUAUAAAUGUACGUAUUUAGUUGUAUUCAGUGUUAAAAAAAAAUAUUAUAUGGCUCUCAUGGAAAUACUUUUUAAAAUAUUUGGCUUUCAUGGCUCUCUCAGCCAAAAAGGUUCCCGACCCCUGGCCUAAGGGAUCGAAGGUCCGCAAUAUCAUUGCUUACGUGCAGUGAUUUCUCCAGAUUCUCUGACCCUUUUGAUGAUAUUACGGACCGUAGAUGGUGAAAUCCCUAAAUUCCUUGCAAUAGAAGGUUGAGAAGUGUUCUUCUUAAAGUGUUGGACAAUUUGCUCAGGCAUUUGUUCACAAAGCGGUGACCCCUCGCCCCAUUCUUGUUUGUGAAAGACUGAGCAUUUCAUGGAAGCUGCUUUUACACCCAAUCAUGGCACCCACCUGUUCCCAAUUAGCCUGUUCACCUGUGGGGUGUUCCAAAUAAGUGUUUGAUGAGCAUUCCUCAACUUUCUCCGUUUGUUUUGCCACUUGUGCCAGCUUUUUUGAGCCACGCUGCAGGCAUCAAAUUCCAAAUGAGCUAAUAUUUGCAAAAAAAUAACAAAAUAUCUCAGUUUGAACGUUAAGUAUUUUGUCUUUGCAGUCUAUUUAAUUGAAUAUAGGUCGAAAAGGAUUUGUAAUCAUUGUAUUCUGUUUUUAUUUACCAUUUACACAACAUGCCAACUUCACUGCUUUUGGGUUUUGUAAACUACUUCGGCCACGAGGUGUCGCCAAAGAACUACUAUGCUCCAUUUCAAUUUAAGACAGCAUAAGUCCACACCAGACAGUUAAUGAUAAACAGAUUAGUGCUUUUCAUAACUACCAUUGUUCUCUUUCAUGUCAUUUCCUUUAAAUCCUGAUCCAAAAUAUAGUGAAUUGAGAUGAUUAACGUGGACCCCGACUUAAACAAGUUGAAAAACUUAUUCGGGUGUUACCAUUUAGUGGUCAAUUGUACGGAAUAUGUACUGUACUGUGCAAUCUACUAAUAAAAGUAUCAAUCAAUCAAUUAAUCAAUCAAUGAAGAUGCCAGCAAUUUACCAUGAAUUGAUUAACGUGGACCCCCGACUUAAACAAGUUGAAAAACUUAUUCGGGUGUUACCAUGUAGUGGUCAAUUGUACGGAUUAUGUACUCUACUGUGCAAUCUACUAAUAAAAGUUUCAAUCAAUCAAUUCAGCGGUAGUAGGUGACGUCAGCAGCUAAAAGUGGGCUGAAACUCAAAAUGGCGACUUUGUGUUUUUUAGGUGGAAUUUUACUUGUAGAUUUAUUUUUAGGUCUAGGACUAUGAAAUAAUGCCAGGGUUGUCAGCUUCAAAGGAGCCCUUUAAAGACAUGAUAAAAGUCAAAUUGAAUGUGAAAUUGUUUUAUUCCUCAGAUGUAAAACAAAAGGCCUACUGAAACCCACUACUACCCACCACACAGUCUGAUAGUUUAUAUAUAAAUGAUGAAAUAUUAACAUUGCAACACAUGCCAAUACGGCCUUUUUAGUUUACUAAAUUACAAUUUUAAAUUUCCCGUGGAGUUUCUUGUUGAAAACGUUGCAGAAUGAUAACGCGUAAUUGUGACAUCUCAGGUUGGAGGGGACAUAUUAGCCCGGAAACACUUACGGCUAAAAGUCGUCUCUUUUCAUCACAUAAUUACACAGUAAUUUGGACAUCUGUGUUGCUGAAUCUUUUGCAAUUUGUUCAAUUAAUAAUGGAGACUAUAAAGAACAAUGCUGUUGGUGGAAAGCGGUGGAUUGCAGCUGCCUUUAGCAACCGAAACACAGCCGGUGUUUCUUUGUUUGUUGUGAAGCUUUAACACAGAGCGGUCAAGCGAACAUGUUUCUCUACGUCAACCAGCAAGGUUUUGGAUGGGAAAUUUGUGAUAUUAAGUCGGCUCUUACCCGGAGACUUGAGUGGAUUACGCUACCUCAUCCUGCAGCUCAAAAAGGCAGCUGUGAUCUUGGCUUCUCUCAGAGACACUGGCGUUCACCGCAGCCAUCCGACUUUCAGGUAUGACUUUAUAAUCUCAAUAAAAUACUAUUAACAAAAUAAGUAGAUAAGGGAUUUUCCAGAAUAAUACUAGUAAAUAAUAAAUAAAUGAUAAAUGGGUUGUACUUGUAUAGCGCUUUUCUACCUUCAAGGUACUCAAAGUGCUUUGACACUAUUUCCACAUUUACCCAUUCACACACACAUUCACACACUGAUGGAGGGAGCUGCCAUGCAAGGCGCUAACCAGCACCCAUCAGGAGCAAGGGUGAAGUGUCUUGCUCAGGACACAACGGACGUGACGAGGUUGGUACUAGGUGGGAAUUGAACCAGGGACGCUCGGGUUGCGCACGGCCACUCUCACCACAGCGCCACGCCGUCCAGUCAAUGUGUCUAAUUACAUCUGACACGCUCCCACUGCCGUCGCCUUUCCUUUUUUCUUUUUUGUGCUUCACUCUCACUUUCCUCAUCCACAAAUCUUUCAUCCUCGCUCAAAUUAAUGGGGAAAUCGUCGCUUUCUCGGUCCAAAUUGCUAUUGCUGUUGGUGGCUCACAUUAUAAACAAUCUCGCUGCUGUCUUGGAUCCGCUUUGAACUGAACUCUCGCGGCUGUGUUGGAGCAACUAUGGAUUGAACUUUCACAGUAUCAUGUUAGACCCGCUCGACAUCCAUUGCUUUCGGUCCCCUAGAGGGGGGGGUUGCCCACAUUUGAGGUCCUCUCCAAGGUUUCUCAUAGUCAUCAUUGUCACUGGCGUCCCACUGGGUGUGAAUUCUCCCUGCCCACUGAGUGUGAGUUUUCCUUGCCCUUAGGUGGGUUCUUCCGAGGAUGUCGUAAUGGUUUGUACACUCCUUUGAGACAUUUGUGAUUUAGCUAUAUAAAUAAACAUUGAUUGAUUGAUUGAUUGAUUGAAUGUGAAGAUGUGAGGAGCCCUCACACCAGUGACGUCACGCGCAAAUCGUCUGCUACUUCCGGUAAAGGCAAGGCUUUUUUAUUAGCAACCAAAAGUUGCGAACUUUAUCGUCGAUGUUCUCUACUAAAUCCUUACAGCAAAAAUCUGGCAAAAUCGCGAAAUGUUCCAGUAUGACACAUAGAAUGGAUCUGCUAUCCCCGUUUAAAUAAGAAAAUCUCAUUUCAGUAGGCCUUUAAUUGUCGAUUGUGAUGCCCAAUCUGUAUUGUCAGCAAUAUAUUUAACUAUUGGGUAACACUUAAGUAUGGGGAACAUAUUCACCAUUAAAGUAACAAAUACUUAAUUUAGAGUGUUUUGGACACUAGGGGAACAUAUAAGGGUUAGGUUUACAAGUUACGAGUCAUACCAAAGACUAUAAAAAUGGGACCCAUUACCUCCCUGAUUGGCACUCAGCAUCAAGUGUUGUAAUUGGGGGUAAAAUCACCAAAAACGAUUCCCGGGCGUGGCCACCGCUGCUGCCCACUGCUCCCUUCACCUCCUAUGGUGUGAACAACAGGGUGGGUCAAAGGCAGAGGACAAAUUUCACCACACCGAAUGUGUGUGUGUGACUAUCAUUUGUACUUUAACUUUGACUAAUAAGCAAUAAAUCUGAGGUUAUUAAGGGAAGACUCUUAGUUAAUGGCUUACUGCUUGUAUAAUAGAAAAAUGCAUUAAUAAUUACUUAAUAAUGACUAAUUAAGAGCCAUCCAUCCAUCCAUCCAUUUUCUACCGCUUAUUCCCCUUUGGGGUCGCGGGGGGCGCUGGCGCCUAUCUCAGCUACAAUCGGGCGGAAGGCAGGGUACACCCUGGACAAGUCGCCACCUCAUCGCAGUAAUUAAGAGCCAAUAUGUUACUAAUUUUCAUGUUAAUAAGUAACUAAUUAAUGGUGGAUAUGUGUUCCUCAUACUAAAGUGUAACUAACUAUUGCAAUAAACCAGGGGUCACCAACCUUUUUGAAACCAAGAGCUACUUCUUGGGUACUGAUUAAUGCGAAGGGCUACCAGUUUGAUACACACUUAAAUAAAUUGCCAGAAAUAGCCAAUUUCCUCUAUAUAUAUAUACAUAUAUAUAUAUAUAUAUAUAUAUAUAUAUAUAUAUAUAUAUAUAUAUAGAUGGGUAUUUCUGUCUGUCAUUCCGUCGUACAUUUUUUUUCCUUUUACGGAAGGUUUUUUGUAGAGAACAAAUGAUGAAAAAACACUUAAUUGAACGGUUUAAAAGAGGAGAAAACAGGAAAAAAAGAAAAUUAAAUUUUGAAACAUAGUUUAUCUUCAAUUUCGACUAGCUAAUUCGGAUCUUUUUGAAAAAAUUAAAAAAGGAAUUUAUGGAUCAUCAUUAGUAAUUUUUCCUGAUUAAGAUAAUUUUUUAGAAUUUUGAUGACAUGUUUUAAAUAGGUUAAAAUCCAAUCUGCAUUUUGUUAGAAUAUAUAACAAAUUGGACCAAGCUAUAUUUCUAACAAAGUCAAAUCAUUAUUUCUUCAAGAUUUUACAGAACAAAAAUCUUGAAAGAAAUUCAAAAGACUUUGAAACAAGAUUCAAAUUUGAUUCCAAAGAUUUUCUCGAUUUGCCAGAAUAUUUUUUGGGAAUUUUAAUCAUAAUAAGUUUGAAGAAAUAUCUCACCAAUAUUCUUCGUCGAAAAAACAAAAGCUAAAAUGAAAAAUUAAAUGAAAAUGUAUUUAUUAUUCUUUAAAAUAAAAAAAAUAAAUUUACUUAAACAUUGAUUUAAAUUGUCAGGAAAGAAGAGGAAAGAAUUUAAAAGGUAAAAAGGUAUAUGUGUUUAAAAAUCCUAAAAUAAUUUUUAAGGUUGUAUUUUUUCUCUAAAAUUGUCUUUCUGAAAGUUAUAAGAAGUAAAGUAAAAAAAUAAAUGAAUUUAUUUAAACAAGUGAAGACCAAGUCUUUAAAAUAUUUUCUUGGAUUUUCAAAUUCUAUUUUAGUUUUGUCUCUCUUAGAAUUAAAAAUGUCUAGCAAAGCGAGAUCAGCUUGCUAGUAAAUAAAUCAAAUUUUAAAAAAUUGAGGCAGCUCACUGGUAAGUGCUGCUAUUUGAGCUAUUUUUAGAACAGGCCAGCGGGCGACUCAUCUGGUCCUUACGGGCUACCUGGUGCCCACGGGCACCGCGUUGGUGACCCCUGAUAAUAAAUAAAUGAUAAAUGGGUUGUACUUGUAUAGCGCUUUUCUACCUUCAAGGUACUCAAAGCGCUUUGACAUUACUUCCACAUUUACCCAUUCACACACACAUUCACACACUGAUGGAGGGAGCUGCCAUGCAAGGCGCUAAGCAGCACCCAUCAGGAGCAAGGGUGAAGUGUCUUGCUCAGGACACAACGGACGUGACGAGGUUGGUACUAGGUGGGGAUUGAACCAGCGUCCCUCGGCAACUCUCCCACUGCGCCACGCCGUCCCUGAUGUAAACUAUGAAGUUGAAUAAAGGGCUACAAAAUACGGGCUGGCAGGGCUGUGUGCCACAAGUUUGAGACCCUGUUUUAGUGAACAAAAUCCAACUUUUUCACUCCACUGUACAGUAAUUUUGCUGUAAUGUUGAUUUUUAAUCAAGAAAAUAUGAUAAAAUGUAUAUUGUUUGUUUAUACAUUGAACAUUAUUGACUUGCUAUAAAACUAUGAAUGGAUGUCAAUGUUCAAAUUAAACUUAAAAAUCA